AUGUGGGAAGAUCGAAAGAUUUUAGACAUACAGACGUCAAUAACAAACCCGAAAUUUGAUGUAAACGGUUUAAUUGUGCAACAAACUUGGAUCUAUUUUAUUCUGAGGGUGCUGAAAAUCUUAAAAAAACUUCAACAUUUGGACAUAACACUCGAGAUACUGGCAGAAACUGGAAUUGGCAAAGUUGUAAACUCCUUUCGGAAACAUGAUCAGGCUGGAAAGGUGGCAAAAUUUUUAGUUAAUAGAUGGAAAUCACUUGUUCCAAAAGACUCUACAAGGUCCGAAGAAUCUUCCCCUAAUGAACAGCCCAACAGAGAAGCUGAAGAUAGGCGUAACGGUGAACUUUCAGAGAGUACCAAUUCUAAAAGAAAAACAAAAGGAGACCAUUUUCGUGUGGAAAAAAAAAUAUCACAGUACAUUGAUGUUAAACAUGAAAUAAACCCCAGUAAAACAAAAUCUCAUCCCAAUGGUGAGAAAAAGGAUACGGGGAAAAAAAAUUCUAGUUUAAAUCAAAGCUCACAGACUCACGGACAUGGGAAAGACAAGAGUAUCAGUAAUGACCAUGUGAAACAUGAAGGUAAAAAGACUGAGAAGAUGUCUAGUAUAACAAAUAAACAACAGAAUACAACACUUGCAAAAGUGACAGCAUUAAAAUCGACGUCAAUGCGGAUUGAAAAGAAUGGAGAUGCAUGCAAGAAAGAUAAGUUGAACAAGACCAAAGAAAAAUCUGAAUCGAGAAAAAUAGUGGACUGCUCUGAGACGCCCUCAAUGUCUUUUGAAGCGUACCUGAGCUAUGACCUUGAGCCUUCCAAACGCAAAAAAAUCUGCAGUGCUAUUAAAAAUCCAAAGAGACUUAAGACUGGGCACAAAGAGAACUUGCAAGUGUGUGAAUCCUGGGUGAAGACAUCUGGGGCUGUGAUGGAAGACCCAUUGACAGUGGUACUUAUAAUCAACCACCAAUAUCAAAUAUUGUGAUCUGCUCCUGAGAGCUCGGUGAUGAACUUACUCAACGUUCCUCUUCCAACAAGUUUUCCUGAAUGUGAAGACAUUUCUCAGUAUCAGUACUUUAGCGAGAGUAAAGCUGAAAGAAAGAUCAUAGAUGUCUGUGAAGAGGCCCCAGUUUUCAUCGGACAAAGGCUGAAGAAUAAGAUGCAGGUGUACUCCGGCAGUAAGAUGACCUACCUGCCCAACAUGAUGACACUGUACCAGCAAUGCAUUCGAGCACUGCAGAACAACAUUGACUCUCUCUAUGAGAUUGGAGGAGUGCCUUUUGAAAUCUUGGAGCCUGUUUUUGAACGCUGCACACCUGAACAGCUUCUCCGGAUCGAGGAGUUUAAUCCGGUGUACAUAGGGGUAACUGAUCACCUGUGGGAGAGACACUGUGAGAAAGACUUCAGAAAUGCUCAUCUGGAGGAGUAUGAAUCCUGGAGAGAGAUGCACCUCCGUAUGUCGGUGGAGAGGGAGAGAAAACUAAAGCAACUCACAAAGAGCAUUGUUUCUGCUCACUCUGGAAAGCCCAAAGGCAGACAGGUGAAAAUGGCGUUUAUUCAUUCAGCUGCUAAGCCACCUAGAAAUGUGAGGAUUCAACAGGAGAUUCAUGGCACAGCUGGCCCUGUGACAGUUCCUCCCCCAACAGACAAACCCAGUUGUGUGAAACCUCAUGAGAGUCGUGGAAGAUCCAACUUCAGUGAGUCUCCAAAACCUUACAACAGCUCUGGCCAAACACAAGACCCACGAAAGAUUAAACGAGUGGCACCCAUGAUGGCGAAGUCCCUCAAGGCCUUUAAAAAGCAGCUUAGUCGCAGAUGA